UUCCCAGUGGUUAGUUAUCUUCGUUGGACUAUGGGUAAUAAUAUAUCAAGUACAACUGCUUCGAUAGCAACUGCUGGCAUUGAUAGUUAUGUUAGUGAACUUGGAGAUAUAGAAUAUGAAAGAAGCUUAAGUAGCGCACGCUUUAUGAAAACAAUAUGUGGGCGCCAUAAAGAAGGACUUGUUGUUAUAAAAAUUUUUAUAAAGCCAGAGCCUGGUCUAUCUUUGGUGAAUGUGGUUAAAUCGCUUCAAGAUGAAAAAGAUGCACUGUCUGAAGUUCCUAAUGCUUUUCCAUACCAAAGAAUAAUUGAAACAGAAAAGGCUGGAUAUUUAAUAAGACAUACACGGCCAUUUUUGAAUUGCAUCGAAAAAAAAUGGAUUACGUAUCAAAUUUUGUGCGGAGUACAUGAUGCUCAUACUCGAGGGAUUUACCAUGGAGAUAUCAAAACAGAAAAUAUUCUUGUCACAUCAUGGAACUGGGUAUAUUUGGCUGAUUUCGCAGGAUAUAAACCGACUUAUCUUCCGGAGGAUAAUCCUGCCGAUUUUUCAUUCUUUUUUGAUACAUCUUCACGAAGAACUUGUUAUCUUGCUCCGGAAAGAUUUUAUAAACCCGGUAGUGAAAUUGACAGAAGAAAGAGUGAACUUGAAUUUGGAGAAAAAGACGGUGCAAUUACACCUGCUAUGGAUAUAUUUUCUUUAGGCUGUGUGAUUGCUGAACUUUUCUUAGAGGGCACACCGAUAUUUUCUUUAGCUCAACUAUUCGAAUACAGAGCUGGAGAAUAUGAUCCAGGAGUUUAUCUGGAAAAAAUUGAGGAUGCAGAAAUAAGGGCUAUGGUGAGGCACAUGAUUCAUGUAGAACCUUCGCAACGAUAUACUGCAGAACAGUACUUACAUGAAUGGCGUGGCACAGCAUUUCCACAAUACUUUUACACAUUCCUUCAUCAAUAUAUUGGCUCGGUGACCGACCCUCAUAACCAGGCUCAUCCAAGAACAUUGGCUACUAAUGGCACCAGUAAAGCUGAUGAACCUCAAGACUCCAAUAUUACAACGAGUACUGUUAUAAAUACGGACGCAGAUGAUAAAAUAGAAAGAAUUUACUAUGAAUUUGAUAAAAUAGCGUUUUUCCUUGGAUUUUACAAUGAGAAUGUGCAAGAUACUGAGGUGGUUGUUAAUAAUAGCCACUCAGAUAAAGUUGGUGAAAGUUCCCGUCCUAUAGAAGUAUCAUCACCAAAUGCGACACCAGCGUUAACAGUUAAUCUUCAUAUACCGAAUUAUGAUUAUUUUUCAUUUAAAAAUAAAAAACGAAGGAAAGAUGCAGAUGAUGGUGCAUUAAUAUUUCUAUCUUUAAUAUGCGCUACCAUCCGGAAUGCUGCGUAUCCUUCAUCAAAACUUCAUGCGUUGGAUAUGUUGCUUGCAAUUGGGCAGCAUUUGGAAGAUGAAUUUAAAUUGGAUCGUUUAGUCCCUUAUUUAAUCGCACUUUUAGGUGAUGAAAUUGGUCUUGUUAGAGCUAAUGCUGUCAAGACGUUGGCACACUUGAUUUCUGCGGUUGAUACUAUUACUCCUUCAAACGCAACUAUUUUCCCAGAGUAUAUAAUGCCUAAUCUUCGCAAAUUUGCUACUGAUCCUGAAAUCCUUGUAAGGAUGACAUACGCCCAAUGUAUUUCAACUUUUGCAGAGACAGCAUUACGAUUUCUUGAAUUGACACAAGCAAAAGACUAUUUAAAUGUUGCUGAUAAUGAUGCUGAGAUUGAAAGAUCAUAUGAGGCGACUUACGAUGCUACUUUACAUGACCUUCAAUCAAUUAUACAAGAGCAAGUGACCACUCUUUUAAUUGACACCGAAAGUGCGGUUAAACGUGCUUUACUGUCAAAUAUUACUAGCCUUUGUAUUUUCUUUGGUCGACAAAAAGCCAAUGAUGUGUUACUGAGCCAUAUGAUAACAUACUUGAAUGAUCGUGAUUCGAUGUUAAGAAGCAUAAUCGGUGUUGGUACUUUUGUUGGACGUCAAAGUUUGGAAGAAUAUAUUCUACCUUUGAUGAUUCAAUCUCUCUCUGAUGCAGAAGAAUUUGUUGUAGAAAAAGUUCUUAAUUCACUCACAAGCUUAGCAGAAUUAGGAUUAUUUCAAAAAAUGAAGUUGUGGGAAUUAAUUGCCAUUGUAUUGCCACUAAUGUGCCAUCCUGGCAUUUACAUUCGUUAUGAAGGACUUGUUGUUAUAAAAAUUUUUAUAAAGCCAGAGCCUGGUCUAUCUUUGGUGAAUGUGGUUAAAUCGCUUCAAGAUGAAAAAGAUGCACUGUCUGAAGUUCCUAAUGCUUUUCCAUACCAAAGAAUAAUUGAAACAGAAAAGGCUGGAUAUUUAAUAAGACAUACACGGCCAUUUUUGAAUUGCAUCGAAAAAAAAUGGAUUACGUAUCAAAUUUUGUGCGGAGUACAUGAUGCUCAUACUCGAGGGAUUUACCAUGGAGAUAUCAAAACAGAAAAUAUUCUUGUCACAUCAUGGAACUGGGUAUAUUUGGCUGAUUUCGCAGGAUAUAAACCGACUUAUCUUCCGGAGGAUAAUCCUGCCGAUUUUUCAUUCUUUUUUGAUACAUCUUCACGAAGAACUUGUUAUCUUGCUCCGGAAAGAUUUUAUAAACCCGGUAGUGAAAUUGACAGAAGAAAGAGUGAACUUGAAUUUGGAGAAAAAGACGGUGCAAUUACACCUGCUAUGGAUAUAUUUUCUUUAGGCUGUGUGAUUGCUGAACUUUUCUUAGAGGGCACACCGAUAUUUUCUUUAGCUCAACUAUUCGAAUACAGAGCUGGAGAAUAUGAUCCAGGAGUUUAUCUGGAAAAAAUUGAGGAUGCAGAAAUAAGGGCUAUGGUGAGGCACAUGAUUCAUGUAGAACCUUCGCAACGAUAUACUGCAGAACAGUACUUACAUGAAUGGCGUGGCACAGCAUUUCCACAAUACUUUUACACAUUCCUUCAUCAAUAUAUUGGCUCGGUGACCGACCCUCAUAACCAGGCUCAUCCAAGAACAUUGGCUACUAAUGGCACCAGUAAAGCUGAUGAACCUCAAGACUCCAAUAUUACAACGAGUACUGUUAUAAAUACGGACGCAGAUGAUAAAAUAGAAAGAAUUUACUAUGAAUUUGAUAAAAUAGCGUUUUUCCUUGGAUUUUACAAUGAGAAUGUGCAAGAUACUGAGGUGGUUGUUAAUAAUAGCCACUCAGAUAAAGUUGGUGAAAGUUCCCGUCCUAUAGAAGUAUCAUCACCAAAUGCGACACCAGCGUUAACAGUUAAUCUUCAUAUACCGAAUUAUGAUUAUUUUUCAUUUAAAAAUAAAAAACGAAGGAAAGAUGCAGAUGAUGGUGCAUUAAUAUUUCUAUCUUUAAUAUGCGCUACCAUCCGGAAUGCUGCGUAUCCUUCAUCAAAACUUCAUGCGUUGGAUAUGUUGCUUGCAAUUGGGCAGCAUUUGGAAGAUGAAUUUAAAUUGGAUCGUUUAGUCCCUUAUUUAAUCGCACUUUUAGGUGAUGAAAUUGGUCUUGUUAGAGCUAAUGCUGUCAAGACGUUGGCACACUUGAUUUCUGCGGUUGAUACUAUUACUCCUUCAAACGCAACUAUUUUCCCAGAGUAUAUAAUGCCUAAUCUUCGCAAAUUUGCUACUGAUCCUGAAAUCCUUGUAAGGAUGACAUACGCCCAAUGUAUUUCAACUUUUGCAGAGACAGCAUUACGAUUUCUUGAAUUGACACAAGCAAAAGACUAUUUAAAUGUUGCUGAUAAUGAUGCUGAGAUUGAAAGAUCAUAUGAGGCGACUUACGAUGCUACUUUACAUGACCUUCAAUCAAUUAUACAAGAGCAAGUGACCACUCUUUUAAUUGACACCGAAAGUGCGGUUAAACGUGCUUUACUGUCAAAUAUUACUAGCCUUUGUAUUUUCUUUGGUCGACAAAAAGCCAAUGAUGUGUUACUGAGCCAUAUGAUAACAUACUUGAAUGAUCGUGAUUCGAUGUUAAGAAGCAUAAUCGGUGUUGGUACUUUUGUUGGACGUCAAAGUUUGGAAGAAUAUAUUCUACCUUUGAUGAUUCAAUCUCUCUCUGAUGCAGAAGAAUUUGUUGUAGAAAAAGUUCUUAAUUCACUCACAAGCUUAGCAGAAUUAGGAUUAUUUCAAAAAAUGAAGUUGUGGGAAUUAAUUGCCAUUGUAUUGCCACUAAUGUGCCAUCCUGGCAUUUACAUUCGUUAUGGAACGAUUGCUUUUAUUGCGUCGGCUGCCAGACUUUUGCCAACAACUGAUGUUUGGUGUAUCGCAUAUCCGAUAAUAAGACCAUUUUUGCAGGCUGACAUUGCUGAAGUUACAGAACUUCAUAUAUUAGAGAAUGUUAAAGAACCGAUCCCACGUCCUGUGUUUGACAAGGCUGUCUCUUGGGCUGGAAAAUCAAAUAAAUCUUCAUUUUGGAAACAAGCUAAAGAACGCAAAGCGAAUAAAUCAGCAUCAACAACAGUUUCGGGCAACUCUAGCGUCACUAGCUUAUUGUCGCGACGGACCUCUGCACUCACAAUUAAUGCCGGGAAAAUUCUCAAGUCGGAGGA